GAAGCUUUCGGAAAUAUGGAGCAAUGAAUGCUUUAGUCAGCUUGUAAAAUACUGUCAGCUUUAAAAGCUACGCUUCCACAUAAGGCUGUGCGUCAUGAUCCAUCACCCGAGCACACUAUCAGAGGGAAAAUGUAUUCAUGCACGUUUUUAAUGUCACAUUAGAGAACACCAUGGUGAAUAAGGAGGAUUUGGAAAAAAACCUGAAAAAGCUAAUCGUGCGGCUGAAGAACAACUUAGAGGAAGGAAAGCAGUUGGGCAGCAUGUUCCAGAUCAUCCAGGAUCUCCUGUUCCUGGCACACACAGACGAGUGUGAAGAGCUGUUUAAAGACAAAGAUGUCCACGAGCCACUGAUGUCCCUGCUCUCAUCCUGCAGCAACAGCAAACUUCAGAAGGUGGGAUGGUCCCUUUUGUGCCGGUUGAUGGAGAUCUGUCCUGCCACCUUGGACAAGCUGGUUCAACCUGGUCUAGCUGGAAAGAACCAGGAGGUUCUAGGGGUGCACCAGCAGAUUCUAAACAUGCUAACAUUGCAUCAAAACGACCUGAAAGUUAUAAUGGUAGGGCUGCGAGCUCUAGCCAUGCUGUUGAAGUCAGAUGAGCUGACGGUGCUAGUUCUAGAGGAGGAGAUGGAUGUGUUUGAGCUGGUGGUGGAGGCCAUGAAGGCUUUUCCUCAUUGCGAGGAGCUUCAGUUCCAGGGCUGCUCUGCUCUUCACCUGCUGCUGCAGAGAGUUCCAGAGGAACAUCAGGUAGAGUUUAUUGAGAAGAAGGAUCAUGCUGUAAUUUUGAAUGUGCUCAAAAGUUUUAAGGACAGUGAGAAUGUGGUUCUAUCUGCACUGCAAGUUCUCAUACCAUUGGCUGAACCUGCAAGCAAUGUGGAGAUUCUAAUGUCCAAGAAUGAAAAAUGCUACAGUUUAGUGUGUCAGGCAGUGGAGGACUUCUCACAGUCAGAGGCUAUACAGGAGGUGGGCUGCGGCCUUCUGCGGAUAUUUACUUCAGAAAGUUACUUCAAUAUUCUGGUGCUCAAUGGUGUGCACAGAGUGGCAGUGAAAGCAUGUCUGUCCUACCCUGACAAUGGCAAGAUCCAGGUUGCUGCACUGUCCUGUCUGGCUGCCCUCACAAAGACAAUCCUGGAGAAUGAAGACCUCAAGCAGACAAGCAGUGAGGAGGAGGAUGAAAGAGGUAAAGAAGAUGCUAAGGACAGUAAUGAUGACGAAAGCCUGGUUUGGAGAGAAGCUUGCUGCACAGCUUUAGAGAGACAUAGUGACAAUGCUGAAGUGCAGGAGGCUGCUUGCUGGGCAUUAAACAGUUUGCUGCUCUAUGGCAGUGCACGUAGUAUAUAUGACGAACCCAAAGAAAGGCCUCCUGUGUAUAUCCAGGUAAUGACUGUGAUGCUUGUGCACUCGUCAAGUUAUGGUGUGUUUCAGGCUGCUACAGCUACAUUGGGCACACUCAUACGCCGACACAGUAAAAUGAGGUCUCGGCUCCUGGCCAGUGGCAUUCAUUACAAUAUUGUAGAUCUGAUGAAGAGACAUGCCAACUCCAGUGAAGUGUGUGAGAGUGCAUGCAGGCUUCUGUACACACUAUUCCAGGGAGGAUGUAUGAGUCUGGAUGACGCGACCAUGGCUCUAGGUCAGAUUUUGUUUGCCAUGAAGGAUCAUAACUUCCAGCCUGAGGUACAACUUGAAGGGCUGAAAUCCAGCUUGGUGCUCCUCAACCCGGACCUCAGUUUGAGGGAACAUGGUGUAUCCAUAGCAGAUCCCGACAUGUUGGAUGUGUCUCUAAGAGUGCUGAAAAAUCAGUGUGUGGUAGAAGAAGCUCAUAGUGUCUACCUUCAAGCCUUAAACAGGUUUAUCAGCAGUGAGGACAUUCAGGAGUGCGGUCUUGCUGUUUUAACUACGCUGGCUGAUUGUUCUGGAGCCGUUGAUGUAAUGUGCCAGCAGGGGGCGAUAGACACAGUGCUGCACACACUACAAAUGUUUCCUCAGAAAAGCAAGAUUCACUAUUGGGGUCUGAGCCUCCUGUUUCAUCUCAUCUCAAAAAAGAAGCUGUCACACAUGAUGGUGCCCGUGUUGGUGUCGGUUCUUGUCACCUCUUUAAGGCAGCACAAGAGCAGCACAGAGAUACGGCUAGAAGCUUUGCGGGUGAUAUGGAAACUGUUGGACACCUUCUCAGGAGCAGCGGCCGAGCUGGAGAAAGAAGGCUUUGAAAAAGAGAUCUUCCAACAGUUGAGGGAAAGCUCUCCUGAUCAUAAAUAUGAUCUAGUGAGUCAGGCGAAUAAGCUCAGCUGCCUGUGUCUAUCGAAGAUGGUGGUAGACAGUGAGAUCCACUACCGCAUGCUGGAGAGGGCGUGUGAGGAGGGUGACGUCGUCAUGGCCGAGUGUCUUAUACAGCUUGGAACUGACGUCAACAAGAAAACCAAGACAGAGUCUCUGAUAUAUCAGGUGUGUGAGCGUGGUGGCCCACUGGCUCUGGUCGAGGUGUUAGUCAGCAGUGGUGUGCAUGAGCAGCAGUUGCGUGGGGCUUUGAGUGUGUGUGUGAGGAGGAGAGACAGCCCUGUGGUCAUCCUCCUGCUGGCUCGUCUCGGACUCGACCCUGCAAACUGCGCUCUCUGCUUGGGAGGCUUCAGGCUCGGCCAUCUCGAUGCCAUAUGGCUCAAUGCACUGCUCUCCGAACACAGAGUUCCCCUUACUGCACAGAAGAGGAUUAGAAAAGGGCAGUGGCUGGCAAGACAGAUACAGUCCCUGCAGAAAGGGAGGAGUCAGAUUGGUGUUUUGGGGUCACAAAGUGGUGGGAAUACUUCACAAUAUUUCUCUGAUGAUGAAAGUGAUGAUUCUUUUCACACAUCUCUGGAUGGAAACAUGUUUUUUACACUUGAUGGCAUUGAGAGUGAUGGAAGUGAAAGCCCUGCAUCAGGGAGGACCUACUGCGAUUCACCAGAGGAAUUGAGAGGGCGCUCUAAAGUGAGUCAGCAGGAGAGACCUAGACGUGAUAUUUCAGAGGGAAGUAACAGCGACCCUAAUAUCAGUCAAUCCAAUAAAAAGAGACUGGCAAGCACUAAGGGCAAGACCCAGCGAGGACUGUUUUCUUCUGAGAGUUCGUCACCUGGAGGAUUACUGUCAAAUGCUGUCAGAGAUCAUAUCAGACUGCUAGAUCUAUCAGGCAAUGAGCUAGACUCUCUCUCAUGCUUGAUGGAUGAUGGUAGUGUGCAACAACAGCUUGAUCAUCUACUACGGCUGGAUUUGAGCAGCAACAGUCUAGCCGAGUUUCCCAGUGCUCUGUGUCAGAGCUUGCGAAGCCUCACUCGUCUUGAUCUUCAAGGCAACCAGUUGCACUCACUUCCUGCUGAACUGCUGAGCCUACCUUCAUUAAGCAUGCUGAAUGUGUCACGGAACAGUGUUGGCCCUGAGAUCUGUUUGGACCCACAUGUGUGCUGUCCGACGCUCCGUCAGCUGAACCUUUCUUUCAACAACAUCACUGGUUUUCCAUACAAUCUCAGCCAAGUCAUGAAAAAUCUAGAAGAACUCUCACUAGAGGGGAAUCAAAUCUCAGAACUCUCCCUUCCUCUCUCUCUCGCUGAAAUGAAGGUGUUUGAUGUGUCAAAGAAUAAACUGACCGUGAUCUCUGAUGGCUUUUUGUCUGCAUGCACCAAACUGGAAACAUUCAAUGCCUCAGUUAACCAUCUUAGUAGUAUUUUAUACCUUCCUUCUAAAAUAAUAACACUGAAAUUAUCCCAGAACACCUUUGAAAGUGUACCAGAAUCAAUUACCAAUCUACCGAAUUUGCGGUCGGUGGACAUGAGGAGCAACAGAAUCAGGGUUCUGCCAGGUCCUGCUGCCUGGACUAGUGCUAAUUUAAGAGAGCUGAUAUUCAGUGAAAACCAGAUCUCUGUGCUGGACCUCAAAGAACCUGUGGAUCCAUGGAUCCGUCUGGAGAAACUGCAUCUGAGUGAUAACAAGCUCACGGAGCUUCCUCGUCAGAUCGGGCUGCUGGAGGAGUUGACCUCUCUGGAUGUCAGUGGUAACACUGGUCUGCGCUCUUUUCCUGAUGAGAUAGGGAAACUGGUUCGACUGUGGGAUUUGCCCUUGGACAGACUGCAGCUACAACUGGACCUCAAACACAUUGGUAACAAGACCAAAGACAUUGUCAGGCACUUUCAGCAUCGUCUGAGGAAGGCUGUUCCUUAUUUCCGGAUGAAGCUGAUAGUAGUGGGGAAUGCAGGCAGUGGGAAGACCACUCUGAUCCAGCAGCUGAUGAAGUGCAAACGUUCCCAGUUUUACUUUGACACACACUCUACAAGCAUCACCGUCAGAGACUGGAGCAUCAAAGUUCGCGAUAGGAAAAACAUGGUCCUGAACGUGUGGGACUUCUCAGGUGGAGAGGAGUACAGCGACUACCAUUCUCAAUUCAUGAGUUCCAAAGCUCUGUAUUUGGUGCUGUAUGACCUGAGUAAAGGAGUCAGUGAGCUGGACACCAUCAGACCAUGGCUCUUCAAUAUUAAAGCACUCGCUCCUGUCUCUCCUGUGAUUUUGGUGGGUACUCAUGUGGACAUAUGUGAUGAUGAUCUGGUACAGGAGUGUGCGCUCAAGGUUCAGGAGGAGGUGUUGUCCCAGCCACUUUUCCCAACCAUCAGAGAGCGCCACAUGCUUUGUGCUUAUGAGGAGUCAGACUCUAUCAGCAGACUGCGCAAGGCCAUCGCCAGAGAGGCCAGCAGCUUUAAGAUCCAGGGGCAGCCGGUGAUGGGGCAGCUGGUCCCAGAUUGUUAUGUUGAGUUGGAGCGGAGGCUUCUACAGGAGAGGAGCCGUGUGCCUGUUGAGUUUCCUGUGCUCAGACACCAACAUCUCCUGCAGCUCAUUGAGGAGAACCAGCUACUGCUGGAGGAGGGAGAACUUGCUCACGCAAUUCGCUUCCUCAGUGAGACUGGUGUGCUCCUGCACUUUGAUGACCCUGCACUGCAACUCAGAGACUUGUAUUUCAUUGAUCCCCAAUGGGUCUGCAACACCAUCUCACAGAUGCUGAAUCAGAAGAGCCUUUGUGAGAACUCAAGAGGGGUGAUGCAGCGCUCAGUUGUGGAGAAAUUUCUCAGCGAGAGCCGCUGCUUUCCAAAAGAACGACUCAUGCAUUACUUCAAACUGCUGGAGAAGUUCCACAUCGCCUUGCCCUUGGGAGACGACCAUCUUCUGGUGCACUGCAGUUUGUCUGAUCACAAGCCGGUGAUUGAGAUUCCUCACUGUGAGAAUUCAGAGAUCAUUGUGAGAGUCUACGAAAUGCCUUAUUUCCCUAUGGGCUUCUGGUCCAAACUGAUCAGCCAGCUUCUGGAGGCCUCCACCUUCAUGUUCCAUGGUAAAGAGAAACCUUUGAGGCUGAAUCAAAAUUACUGGAGGACAGGCAUAUACAUGAACUGGUCUACUGAGGCUUACUACCUAGUGGAAGCCUUUUCAGUUGUGAACAGCACAGCCAGCUUUGUUAGGAUCACUGUUCCUUGCUCACGUAAAGGUCAUGUGUUGUUAGGCCAGGUGGUUGAUCACAUUGACUCUGUGCUGGAGGAAUGGUUUCCUGGCCUCCUCAACACCGAUAUACAGGGUGAUGGGGAGACGCUGCUGAAGAGGUGGGCGUUUUAUAGCUUUGACGACAAACAGGACUGGAACAAGAUGCUGCUGCAGGAUCUGCUUAAACACAGUGAUAAAAAUGGUCUAUUGGUGAACCCAGAGGAUCCUUGCUGUACAAUCCCCACCUCCCAGAUCUGCCCUGACCUCAUGCUGAGUGACCAGCCAGCUAGAAUCAUGAUAGACCCUGAGGAACUAGAAAUGGAUCUUUCUGAAGAGUACCUGCUAGGAAAUGGAGGUUUUGGCUCCGUGUACAGAGCAAUAUACAAAAAUGAAGAUGUCGCUGUGAAGAUCUUCAACAAACAUGCAUCCGAUCUCUAUGUUCAUAGAUUAGUCAGACAGGAGUUGGUUGUAUUAGGCAGACUACACCAUCCUAGUCUUGUGGAUCUACUAGCUGUAGGAAGCUCACCCCAUGUGCUGGUGAUGGAACUGGCUCCAUGCGGUUCUCUCGACUCACUGUUUGAACAUGAAAACUGCAGUCUGAACCGCAAACUUCAGCACAGGAUUGCACUACAGGUGGCUGAUGGUCUCAGAUUUUUGCACUCUUCAAUGAUAAUAUACCGGGACCUGAAACCUCACAAUGUGCUGCUGUUCAAUCUUAAGACUGACUCAGAGAUGAUAGCUAAGCUUACUGACUAUGGCAUUGCUCAAUACUGCUGCAGUAUGGGAGUCAAAAGCUCUGAAGGAACUCCAGGGUUCAGAGCACCAGAGGUUGCACGUGGAAACGUAAUUUAUAACAUUCAGGCAGAUGUUUAUUCAUUUGGUCUGCUGCUAUAUGAUCUUCUGACCUGUGGAGAGAGAAUAUCGGAUGGCCUGAAGUUUCCCAGCGAGUUUGAUGAAAUAGCCAUCCAGGGAAAGCUACUGGACCCAGUUAAACACUACAAAUGUUUGCCCUGGCCAGGGUUUCAGAACCUAAUGAAAGAGUGUCUGAGAGAGAUGCCAGAGAGCAGACCCACAUCUGCACAGGUUUUUGACUGUCUGAACUCAGGAAAGAUGCUUUGUUUAAUUAGUGAGCUGACACUGCCUGGGCUGUCCUGCGAGUGUUUCGCUGUUUCCUGUCCUAGUGGAGGUUUGGGAGGAAGUGUGAAUGGUGGUGCUGGGGCUCAAGUAUGGAUGGGAGGUGGCAGUAGCAGCCAGAAGGUUGGCUUUGUCACAUGUGUGGAUGUAGAGACAGAGAAACGGUCCACACAGGAGAUUGACCAAAGCCCUGUCCUCUGUCUGGUGACUGUUAAAAUGCCUGGAGAAGUCCAUGACUGGUUAGUUGCAGGAACACAGAGUGGCUCACUGGUUGUUAUGGACACAAGGAACAUUAAAGUUUUGCACUAUUUACAGAGAGCGAAAGAUGCAGUGACCUCACUCUUCUUCCACACACCUUCUCAGCGCAGCUGCUUAAAGAACUACCUAUUAGUGGGAACAGCAGAUGGAAUGCUUGUCAUUUAUGAAGAUUCAGUUAUAAAGUGUGCAGAUGGUGCUCCAGUGAAGCUUGUACAGGUUGGGAAUGUAAACACACCCCUGAUGUGUCUGGCUCCAUCUGGCCAUUAUCAGGAUCAUUCCACUCUGUGGGCUGGCUGUGGCACCAGGGUGCUCUCUCUAACUGUGGACUAUGACAUCUCCAAGAGUAUCGACACCAGUCAGCAGCAUCUGGCCAGGAGUAAGGCAUGUAUCUCACGGCUGGUCGUUGAAAAGUUUGUGUAUCUGAGCAAAAAUGGAGGAAACAGUGUAGAGGUGUGGGAUAAGAAGAACGGGAAGAUGAUUGACUUCAUCGACUGUGUGCAGUUACUCAGGAAGGCAAGAGGUGUGAGUGCUGACAGUUCAAAAGAAAUGGAGUCAUUGUUUGCUCGAGUGAAAGCUCUGUUGGUACAGCAUAAUGGGACGCUGUGGAUAGGCACUGCAUCUGGACACAUCCUGCUGGUGGAUCUGUCUACACGUCAGCUACUGCAGGUUAUCAACUCUGGCUGCCAUUCAGUGCGCACUAUGGCGUCCGUGAUGAUCGACAUACAAGGCCAAAAAAGUGUGAUCCUGAUGUUAUGCAGACGUGUUCACAUGUCUCAAGAGAAAAUCAAGUCCCAAUCAGAUAAGGAUGCUGUGUUGAUGAUGUGGAGUAAUACCCUCUCUCAGGAGGUAAAGGAUCUGAACAGGCACUAUGAGCUGAGAGAGCAGAUUACAUACAAAAUGCAAGAACAGGCCUAUGACUAAACUUUAUUUUCACAUCCGCCAAACCUGACGCUAGUGUAAAGUUUUACCACUCACUAAUUGUGAAUUCGUGUCAUUUCGUUGGGACUGAAAAAGGGAUCUGUGUAUGCUUUCACUCAGUUACCUUAAAAUGUUGCACAAUCAAGGAAAAGCAUUUUAAAAUGCAUAUUUCAUGCAUAUUUCACCUUUUGUUUGGACAGCAUUGUCUUGUAUACCGUUACAGUAUAAAAGCUAACUUGUCUAUGGAGAAAUAUUUUGCUUUAAAUUUCAUAAUGUUUAUUGUAAACUUUGUAAAUUGUAUCUAAAUUUGUGUAAUGUUAAGUACAUUGUUCUUUUAACUUUAUUUUAUAAUCUCAUGGAUCAGACUGCUGGAGAAUUGUGAUAAUUUUAUAAACUGGUGACACUUUCAGAACUUGUGCAAUUACAUGUGAUCCUCAUCUUGAUAGCAGUUUAUUGAUUUAAUUUUAGGCACUAAAGAGUAGAUGACUAUAGUAGGGAUAGUCUGUAAGUGUGCAAUAGACAAAUGUUUCUUUUCUUCCCCUUCCAUGACAAUCCGAAAAAACAGCAAAAGGUUUGUUGGUUCGAAGGUAUAUAAUCUUCUUCUUCUUCUUUCGGCUUUUCCCUUCAGGGGUCGCCACAGCGAAUAAUCUCUCAUCACCUAUCCCUAUAUAAUAAUACUAGAGUAAUAAGUAUAAUGAUGAUGAUGAUAAUAAUAAUAAUAAUAUAAUAUGUUAUUAUGAAGUAAUACUAUAUUUACAAGUAUGUAAUAUUUGAUGCAUAUCAGAAUGUUUUACUGUAACGUGCUGACAACUUUAUUGCUCCCUCUCCCUAGUCCCCAUUGAGACAAGCACUACAUUCCCCUGCCCCAUUUUUUUUAGUGUAAAAAUUUGCUUAUACUUUGGCACAGAUUAUUUUUGAAAGGGAUUUUUAACUCUGUUACUUUGCUUGAACUAAUUUUGAAAGAACUUGACAACAAGCAGAAAAUAGAGAACAAUGUAUUGCUUAUUUUUAUUCAAAAAAUUAAUGUGCAUGAACAUGUGAUUUUUGUACCGUUAUUGUACUGUUAAGUAAAAAAAUUAUAUUUUUUCCCCAUAAAAGGACACCACUGUUGUGUCAUGUUCAGCCCAUUAUUGUUAAAAAGUCUGAAUCUCUUUCCAAUUUAGCUGGGUGCAUCCAGGCAUCUUCAGUGGUGCUCUUGGUACUGACAGCUCUUUUUAUCUUGUAGAACUGGCCUCAUAGCUAAAGCCAAAUUAGGAUAUUUAGUAGAUUUUUUUGUUCUUAGUGGAGAAACCAGUGACACUGGUCAGACAGAUUAAACAGUAUGUUACAUGAUCCCCUACUCUCAGUACCUUUUAACUGACGGUACAUGUUGCAUAACAUUAUGUAAGAAUCCCAGGAUAUGUUCUGAUCACAUUUUCAAAAUCAAAGUAAAGCUUUUAGGCUUUCAAACCA